AUGGCAUCAAAUUUGGGAAAUUCUGGCUAUUUCAGGAACACGGGCCAUUCUGAUUUCGUUUUUUACGCCAAUCGCUUAAUAAGGUUAGUGGUUGAAGAAGGUUUGAACAGGUUACCAUUUACCGACGUUGACGUCAAGACACCUGGAGGACACCUUUAUAGUGGAAUUGCUUUUACUAAAGGCAAUUGCGGUGUGUCAGUAUGUCGUGGCGGAGAAGCCAUGGAACAGGCUCUAAGGCAAUGUUGCAGGUGA